AUGGGUUUUCCGUUUCAGUAUACAGAAGAUUGGGAAAGAGCCGCGUUUAAGACUCCUACACCAAUGGGAAUUAUGAUUCCUACACCACGAACUGCAGCGGAAGUCUUCAACAAUUUCAAAGGCCGCCGAGCUGGCUUCAUCAAAGCUCUCACCGUUGAAAAGGAGCCCCUCUGUCUCUUUGCAUUUCCAAAUGAAACAUGGCAAGUCAAGCCGCCUACUGAGAUGGUGCCUCCUGAACUUCCGGAGCCGGUUUUGGGUAUAAACUUCAGCAGAGACUCGCUAAAAGAAAAGGAUUGGUUAAAAGAUGUUGCACUUCACAGUGACUUGUGGCUACUAUCUGUUGCAUUCCACAUGGCCACAGACUAUGGAUUUGAUAAGAGUGAAAGGGAAAAGCUAUUCAAGAUGAUUAAUGAUCUCCCCACGAUAGUUGAAGUUGUGACUGGAGGUGUGAAGGAAGAAGUUGAUGAAGAGGGAGCAACAUUAUGUGGAGCUUGUGGAGCCUUUUAUGGUAUCGAUGGAUUCUGGAUAUGCUGUGAUUUAUGCGACAGAUGGUUUCAUGGCUCGUGUGUGAAGAUUACCGCUGCUGAAGCCGAUUCUAUCGAGCACUACAAGUGCCCUACUUGCAGUAACGAGAGGGCUAUAUUUUGA